AUGACUGUGAGUCUAUUCGGUCUUCUCGAUGUUGAAGAUAAGCUGCCCCUGCACGAUCAUCCAUUCAUUCACGGCUUCAUCAAAGUUAUCUAUGGAAAAUUUCAGGUUUUCUCGUUUUCUGCAAAAAGUGACGUUGCUCCAGAGAUCGGAGGAGAAAUUGAGACUUUUUAUGAAGGUGUUCAAGUGGUGACCCCGGAAGAUGACGUCAUUUAUUUAGCGCCCGGUUACGGAAAUAUACAUGAGAUCAGAGCCUUGGAGCCCAUCUCAAUCUUCAUCGAUAUUCUGAUUCCAGGCUAUGGAAGCAAUACAGCUGCUCACUAUGAAAUGCCAAGGCCACUGCCUCCACCAAAAACCAAAGUCACUCUGAAGCGAAAACGAAAGCAUUUUUGGACAACAAACAUCGAUUAUCCAACACUGUCGAAUCUU